UACAUUAAAAAGCCUGAGGUCGACCUAUAAAAGUCGGGGGCAGGCUUCUACCGGACAUUGUGAGGCGUGAAUUCGAUUGUGACAGUGCUAUUUAGGAAGAAAAUAUAAGAACCAUGAGGGUAUCUCCAGUAGUGUUGUGCCUGGUGGCGGCGUGUGCGCUGGUGUACGCGGGCGAGGCGCCGGCGGCUCCGGGCCCGGUGGUGGCGCUGGUGCAGGCGCAGCAGCCCCAGGUGGACGGUCAGCUCGCCCAGGCGCCGAGGCAGAAGAGAGGACUGCUGCUUGGUCUGGGAGCGGCGGGUGCGCUGGGCGCCGGAGCGCUGGGCGUGGGCGCGCUGGGCGUGCUCGGGGCGAAGGCCAUUGGCGCCGGCCUCAUCGGCGGGGCGCUGGCCUCCAAGUUCCACGGCCGCAGCUACGGCGGCUACGGAGGCUACGGCGGCUACGGACACUACGGCGGCUACAGCAGCUACCCCUACUACAGUGGCUACAGCAGCUACCCUCACUACGGCGGCUACAGGACCUCAUACUACGGCCCGUCUUACGUUGAGUACUGGUAAGUGCACGAGUGAAAACGAUAACAAAAAGGACAGUUCAACAGGGAAGUGAAGCAAUAUGAUAUGGUUUAGUUGUUACAGGAAUUUGUUAAGAUAAUAUUACUGAGAGAGUAUUGUUGUAUUUAUAUGUAACGUAACAUCGAGAUAGGAAUUAAAUAAAAACACAUAAUAUAA